AUGCCAGGAGUCCGCGAGAUAUUGAAGAAUACCUUUCGCAACACGUUCUCUCGUCUGUUGAAACGGAAACGGCCGAGCGAUGCACCACAGGCCACGGCUGCGGUUAACGAUUACGCCCAGGACGACGAGCACCACCCUGUGGACAAUGAUCACCCAGGCGGCCACGAUGACGUGGUAACCGAUGCCGAGACCAUCGACGCAUACCCUGUGGAGCUUGCAACGUUGCGCGACAGCAUUCGCACGUCACCACCGGGUACUUUUGGUCCUCUAUUCAAGAGUGUAUUGCGCGAGUCCGUCAACGACAUCGGACCAGACGCUCUGUUAGAUCUCCUUCACGUCCUGCGGAAGCAACUCAGUUGCUUGUCCGACGAGCCGGCACUUAACAUCGCCCUGGGCGUCGUUGAGGCUAAGCGACGUGAGGUGGCAGAUCCCACGGGCUGUGCUGAGGUCGGUGUCGUCGCCGAGGUGGACAUGGGCAAAAUCCAAAUCCCGGGCGAGAUUGCAUUCGACGACACCGCUUUCCAAACUCACUAUGUGGCGAUCCUCAACCAAGCCAGGGACUUCAAGAAGCGCAAGGCUGCGAUGGACAGCGCAACUUCGACCAAGAAGCAGAGGCUAGGAGACAGGGGAGAGCAGAAGCAGGUGUCGACGACGGUAUGUCCAGAACAGUGCUGUUGGGUUGGGCUGACAGAUAUAGAGGUCCAACGUCAGGUGCGGAUUCGUAAACCCGACAGGGCGACAAGGGUUGCCGGUUACCAUCCCCGCAGCGACAUGUCUCUAAACGCCAUUGUCGAGUACGAGUCCUUCCUCACGACGUCCAUUACAUCAUUCACUGCCUCUAAGCUUGUGUCGGAGCGGGCUGCCCAUCAGCGGAAACAUUUUGAACAAGGCCUCUGCCAAACCCUCGCCUACCUGUCGACGUCCCACGAGAUGAAAUCCGGAUGGCUGGGUGCACUGCUUCAAGGCGUGCUGUUCUCCCGGGCGAUAUCGCUUACGCAUGAUUUCAUCGCACUGGAGCUCGCCAGUGAGGCAAUAUCGAUCCCUUGGCUGCCCCUUGAGCCUGUGCAUCCCAGGCGUACAAGUAUGCGCCUCCUCAACGCACCACGGACUGCUGCCCCGACUUUACCGCAGUGCAUUACGCUGGAGGAGCUGCUUGACAAGGACUCGGCAUUCGCUUUUCGACUGGCACACAACCUUUCGACUCUUGAGGGUGACAGCAUCCAGCUCGACUUGCGAACCCUGCAGCUUUACGUUGACAUCUUUAUCAUCGGGGCUGCUGGCAGGGCUCGCGACGCCGUCGGCCAGCUGGUCCGCCCCAUCGACCAUGUGGCAGUUCAACGGAUGCCUCUGCACGCAAGUUUGCUGGCACUGUGCAAGACGAUCGACAUCGAGAACCCCCAGGACAAGACGCGCAUGUGUAAACCCGCAGGCAACGCUUCAAUCUCUGUCGUCUCCAACAGCUCGGCGACAUCUUCGGCGCGUUUCUUUGCAAACCACAAUGACGAUGACGACGACAGUCCCGCACCCGGCGGAGGUGGCGGGGGAGGUGCAUCACCGUCUGCCACAGGGUCUGGUGGUGCAGCUGGUGACGCGACGGGCUCUCGGUCGGCUGAGUCCGGUCCAGGUAUUGCGAGGAGCGAAGAUUCUCCCGCAGAUCGUCAAGAUGAACGAUCGGACGCCAGCAGAGGCAAGGACAUGGUUCUCACCAGCCUGUACGGUACAUCUGCUGCUGAAUGGGACCAUGUCCCCCGUGCAGCCGAUGCCACCAGCGACACGGACAACCGGAGCGCCAUCGAUUCUGAUGACACGGAGGAGAUUGAAAGUCAAGAACGGGAGCGUGUUCGCGCCGCGCUACUCUCUAUGGGCAUGAAGAUUGUCGUCGUAACAUCGCACGACAUGGAUCAGCUCAUUGCCGAGCGCCUUCAGAUUCUCCGGCGACCACCUUCACCACGUCACCCUCGUCUCAGCGGCGUAUCAUCCACGACCAACGUCACCCUCAAGACGCCUCCGCAAACGCCGUUGCGCAAGCCGCAGCAUGGUGUAACGACUCACGACUGUUUCUAG